UUGUUUUCUGUGCUUAGGCCAAAACCAUACCGCUCGCAAUUGUCCCCGACGAGGAAAACGGACAUGUCGACGAUGUGGACGCAAUCAUCACGUUUCGAUAUGUGAGACAGACUCAACGCAGACUCACACGACAGUCGCUGCUAACAGACCAACACCACCUAUGACCCAACCCGCAACAUCUGCACCGGGGUUUGCUCCCUCAACUAUUAGCACAACUCGAGCCACAGUGAGUAAAAUUGACGUGCACUCAGACUUUACGUAUCUACAGACAGCUCGAGUUUGGGUUCAUGGAGCAAAGGGCACCGCAAGACAAGUUAGAUGUAUCUUAGACCCAGGAAGCCAAAGGAGUUUCGUUGGCACCCCCCUCAUUGACUCGCUAGAACUGGAAGUGAUUGGAUACGAACCGUUGGCAAUUCAAGCCUUUGAAUCUGAUGCUAGUACCUACACAUCACGUCGUCGAGUGCGACUCACUCUGUCCAGCUGUGUCAGCAGAUUUGCUACAUCCUUAAUAGCUGCAGAAUCUUCGAAUACUUACCUCCCUCAUCCGACCGUAUCACAGUUCGCCUAUCCCGUCAGAGAGAUGCCACCACUAGAACUUGCAGAUCCACAGCAGGAGUCAUGUGAUUUACCCAUUGAAAUACUAAUUGGAUCCGACUUUUAUUGGCGAUUUGUCAAAACGGAAAGCCCUAUUCGCAUAAAUGACACUCUGACAUUAGUUCCAUCGCACUUUGGAUGGAUUUUGAACGGUAAUCGGACUAAUGUCUCGAUUCACCCAGUACAGGUUAAUAGUAUUACAACUCCUUUGGACCUGAUACUACGAUCAAUGUGGGAUCUGGAUACCCUCGGCAUCCGAGAGUCGGAGGAGAAGUCGUUGACCGUCCAUGAUGCACAUCUGCUCGACGGCUUCCGUCAAUCGUUCCGGAUCAAGGGAGGAAGGGCAGAGGUCCGUCUGCCCUGGAAGCAGAACAUCCGCCUCACAGAUACAAACCGCACAACUGCUCUGCGCCGUUUUGAGUCCCUACGUCGCAGAUUCAGCAAAGAUAUAGAGUUCAGCAAUAUGUACACACGCCACAUGCUCAACUACUUCUCCAACGGUUAUGUGGAACGGGUUGACGAACAAGCAACAUUACAACAGACCUACUACUUGCCACAUCACGUAGCGAUCCGAAGUAAACACAACAUUUCCAAAUGGCACAUCGUAUUUGAUGCUUCUUCUCAUGUGAAAGGACACCCUGCCCUCAAUGAUGCCUUGGAAGUGGGUCCCAACCUGAUGCCGGACAUCAUAGCGACACUACUCCGCUUUCGUCUUCACAAAAGGGCAUUAGUGGGAGAUGGCAGUCAAGCCUUCCUCCAGCUAACCUUGCACCCCGACGACCGAGAUGUCACCCGCUUCUUCUGGUUUAAGGUGGCCACCGACGAAAAGAGGCAUCUACACACUACAAAGGAAUUGGCUGUCUACCAGUUCCAACGCCUGCCUUUUGGACUAGCUUCCAGUCCAUUUCUCCUGUCAGCCGCCCUCCGGGAACUUGCUGCCAGCUCCACAAUCAGCCAUCCCUCAGCUGCCCACAUACUGGACAAAGGUCUAUAUAUGGACGACUUUUCAGCAGGAGACGAUACCGACCCCGCUGUCAUACAAAUAUAUCGGGACAUUACAGAUAUGAUGGCUUCCUAUGUUCUCGGAGUAGACUGGGACACCGCAAAGGACGAAUUCGCCAUAGACUAUAAUGACGUCGUUUCAGAUGCGGUGGAACGCCCCGGUACGAAACGCCUGCUACUUGCCGCAACAUCCCGUUUCUAUGAUCCUCUCGGAUUAUUCGCACCCGUCUCCAUUACCGGGAAAAUCAUUUUCCAAGACACUUGGCUCCGCGGACUCCAAUGGGUUGAAGUCCUGCCAGCAGACAUCUCAACUCAUUGGAAACACUGGGUAAAAGACCUACAGCAUUUGUCAUUUGUGUCCAUACCAAGAUGGAUCAAAAUGACAAAACUUAACCUACAUCUAACAAAAAUCCACGUCUUCUGUGAUGCUAGCGAGCGUGCCUAUGGUGCUGUCAUUUACAUCCGUACCAAUCUUCCAUCAGGCAUUUCCACAUGUCUUCUCUGCAGCAAAGCUCGUCUAGCCCCCAUCAAAAGGGUUACCUUACCUCGGCUAGAACUGCUUGCAGCCCUGGUGGGUUGUCGCCUGCUAAAAUACGUUACUACUGAAACCAACCUUCAAAGAGAGGGCGCUGUCCUUUGGAGUGACGCCAAGGUGAUCUUAGGUUGGAUCCGUGGACACCCCAAUCGAUGGAAGACCUUUGUACAAAACCGAGUGACGGAGAUUCAAAGCAUCACCAACCCAAAUCAAUGGCGCCAUUGUCCCUGCACAGACAAUCCAGCUGACCACUUAUCCCGAGGCCUAACGGCAGAACACCUACGCAGUUGCACAUCCUGGUGGCGCGGUCCCCCGUGGUUAUCACAAACAGAAGAAUUUUGGCCGGCCAAUGACCAUCCGACACCAUCCGAUUGCGCCGCAGAAGAACGCAAACAUGUGGUCACCCUGCACACUGCAGCCCAUAUCGAAUUGUUAGAUACAUCUCGCUUCAGUAGCUACAUACGCCUCCUCCGAGUAACAGCAUGGAUCCUCCGCUUCAUUACACUUUGUAAAAUUCACCCCCGGAAUAACCACCCGAAAGGAGAACUCUCAGCAGACGAAGUAAGCUCAGCGAGAGACCACUGGAUCAGAUCAGUACAGAAGACAUAUUUUGCUAACGAGUUAAUAGCACUCAACUCCGGUACACUCAUAUCAGAAAAAUCACCCAUUUAUCGUUUCCAACCAUUCCUGUCCAAUGGGAUCCUAAGAGUAGGGGGCCGAUUGCAAUUUGCAGAUGUCCGCGCUUCCACACAGCAUCCAAUUCUACUAGAUGGCCGACACACCUUCACCCGUUUCCUCAUCAUGGACUGCCACUUACGCCUGGGGCAUCUGGGCACUCGUGUGGUUCUUGCCAACCUGAGAGAAGAGUUCUGGAUCCUGCGAGCUCGCCAAGUCAUUAAGACCGUGCUGCAUAGAUGCCUACCGUGCCAGCGCCACAGGAGUCAGCCUUACCAAGAAACCGAAGCCCCCCUCCCUCCUGACCGUGUAUUACCCUCUCUGCCUUUCUCAGUCACAGGGGUAGACUUUGCCGGCCCACUGUAUAUCCGAAAGGGUCAGUCGAUAGAAAAGUCGUACAUUACACUGUUCACCUGCGCCACAACGAGAGCUGUACAUCUAGAGCUGUCUUCGAGCAUGUCAACAGACAGUUUCCUCCUUUGUUUACAGCGCUUUGUAGGACGACGAGGCCUCCCUCGCAAGAUUUACUCCGACAAUGCCAAAUCCUUCCACGCAGCCAACAAGGAACUAUGGGAUCUCUGGCAGUCACUCUCUGAUAAGCAGCUUGUCCGCUACUCUGCUCACCACGGCAUCACUUGGGUCUUUAAUGUGGAGAAGGCGGCUUGGUGGGGAGGAUGGUGGGAGAGAAUGGUGGGGAGCUUGAAGAGAUGCCUCCGCAAGAUACUAGGGAAAAGUCUGGUAAAUGUGGAACAAAUGUCUACCAUACUCACCGGGGUAGAAGCCGCCCUCAAUAGCAGGCCUCUGGUACACAAUUAUGACACCGAGGAGCCAGAAGCACUCACUUCCUCUCACUUCUUGAUAGGGAAAAGAAUCUCUGACCUCCCAGAGCCCAAUAAUCAUACCCCCAUUCAUGACCUCGUGAGACAGUGGCGUCACCUACAGUCCAUCAUCGACAGCUUCUGGAGACNAAAAAAUAGCAAAGAUAUCAAAACUUCAGAAAUUCUUCAAAGUGCUCUCAAAAUCUCAAGAUGCCCAGAGGGCCAUGGGAUUAAGGCCUCAGCUUAUCGCGCUGGGAAUUCGGGAUCGAGUCCGGGACCAGCAACUCCCCAGGAAUUUUUCUUGGACGGUCUGUCCCGGAUAAAUUGGGUCAUCCCAUUGUGGACCUGGCCAAACUCACAGUGGAUAUUAAAGAGCUAUAUUUAA